AUGUCCGAUAAGAAAAUCGUUCCCGUAGUAAGGGCUGAAGAGCAGGAGGCUCCAGAAGAGGAAGACCUUGUGGACCCUCAGAGGGAGCUUAGGGAUAUUUGUCAUCAAAAGCCAGAUGCCCAGAACCUGUGGGGAAAGUACCAGGAGUGUAAUGACCGGGUCAACUCUCGUUCCCAAACUGCAGAGACCUGUGAAGAAGAACUCAUAGACUACCUGCAUGUCCUUGACAAAUGUGUUGGCAAGGACCUUUUUAAACGGCUAAAGUAA